AGUGUUGUGUUCACCUGCAUGGACUUCCUCCUGAGCUGAACUGCUUCUGGCUUCAACUGUGUUUGGUCGAAACUGGGAAAGUCGCCCAGUCCUCGCCUGUAGGUUGGACUACACCUGGGACAGCAGACUGGAUAACUCAGCAGCAUUGCGGUAAGAACAAUGUCGGCGGUGUAGAAGCUGUCCGGUGAUUUCUUUUACAUUGAUAUAGUUUAUAUUCAUUAUUCAGUAAAUAGGGAUCUCUUUGUUUUAGCUCGCGACACGUUAGCUGCUUCCGGAAAACAACCUUCACACAGAAAAUCAAAAUGAAGACGUGGAGAUAACAUUUGUCACUCUGGAUCAUCGUAUCACUUCCACAGUUUGACUGGAUUUUAGCUCCAGAUGUGCAGACGAAGACUUAUGCACCAGACACAGUUUUUAAGGAGAUAAGAGGACACGGAUCAUUUCCAGAGAAGUUUGGACUGAUCUUCUUCAGCCAAUGGCUACAACAGAAACCAAAACUGCUGGCAGCGGUAGCACUGCGGGUCUGUCGUGGGCUCGGGUUUGUAAGGAGUGUGGCCAGCAGCACGAUGGCAUGGACAGCCACCUGUACGAGUACCAGGACGAGGUGGACGAUGAACUGGUUUGCCACAUCUGCCUGCAGCCCCUCCUCAGACCCAUGGACACCCCUUGUGGCCACACAUAUUGUUUUCAUUGUCUGAGCAACUUCUUGAAAGAGCAGGACUUCUGCCCCGUGGACCGUCUGCGGCUGCAGCUGCAUCAGUGCCGUCCCUCCAGUCUGCUGGUCAGGAACCUGCUGGACAAGCUGAUGGUGAUGUGUCCUCACUCUGCAGAGUGUCAGCAGCAGAUGCAGCGCUGUGAGCUGCAGCCUCACCUGCACAACAGAUGUCCUGUGUUCAGAAGACUGAGGGAGGAGGCAGAGAAGAGGAAGAGGCCCUCGUGGAAUGAGCUAAAGGGGCGUAAGGGGGACGGGGAGUCAUCUGGUGAUGCCAAACACUCAACAACACUGUCCCGAAAUCCCACCAGAGAUCAGCCUGAGCCCGGGCUCAUCAAUCCUGCCUAUGAAGAAAGUGAGGAAGAUAACACCCCGCUGCGGUCCAGUCUGGUGGCCGAGGCCAACGUGGUGGAGCUGUUCAGAGAGGAGCCCGAGGAGGAGCUGGGCCUUCGCAUCGUGGGGGGGAAAGACACACCGUUGGGGAACAUAGUCAUCCAGGAGAUUGUCCGGGACUCGCUGGCAGCUCGUGAUGGCAGACUGGCCCCUGGGGACCACAUCUUAGAGGUGAAUGAUGUCAGUCUGGCUUCAGUCCCCCACGCCCGGGCCAUCGCAGUGCUGCGACAGCCGUCCCUCCUCAGGCUCACUGUUAUGCAGGAGAAAGGCUUCAAAACAAGGGAUCCUCGCUCUGAUCACCACCCGUCCUCCGGCACCACUGCCUCUCAGCCCUCUCACAGUCCCCAUGGCAACACUACCUCCAAUCACAACCCGGGCACUGUCCUGCAGGUGACACUAAUGAAGAGCCAGCGCAGCGAGCCGCUCGGCAUCAAACUCAUCCGGAAAUCGGACGAAAGUGGGGUUUUCAUCCUGGACCUGCUGUCAGGAGGUUUGGCAGCCAAAGAUGGAAAACUGAAGAACAAUGACAAAGUGUUGGCCAUCAACGGACACGACCUGAGGCACGGUACACCUGAGAGCGCCGCACAGAUCAUACAGGCGAGUGAGGUGCGUGUGAACUUUGUGGUGAUGAGACCUGCAGAGACUCAGGAGGAGGCAGUAAGCAGCAGAGAGGGGCAACACAGCCGAGCAGCCAGGAGGGCACCUGAGCCGCAGUACUUCAGGCGCCAGUCCACCUACAUGAAGGAUCCUCCAGGUGGGUUUUCCAGCCAGGAGAAAACUGUGAGCCUGAAGAAGGAGCCUCGGCUCUCCCUGGGCAUCACCAUCGCUGGGGGGAGGGACUGUCGCAGCCGUCUGCCCGUUUACAUCACGAGUGUCCAGCCUGUCGGCUGUCUUCACCGAGAUGGCACCAUCAAAAGAGGGGACGUCCUGCUUAGCAUCAACGGUGUGGAUUUGACCCAGCUGACCUACAAUGAAGCCGUUUCUGUGCUGAAGACUCAAACAGCUCAGUCCCAGGUGGUGCUCCGUGUCAUCCAGACCCUCUCCGAGGAAUCCGAGGAGGACGCAGAGGCUGCCAACAACGACGAGCUGGACACUGUGGACGACCCACGAGACGAUGCCCUCAACUGGACGCCGCUGUGGAUUCGUUGGCUGGGAUUACCGAGUCCCAUGCACUGGUGUCGGGACAUCGUCCUGCAGAAGACCAACAACGAGAGCUGGGGCUUCAGCAUCGUCGGUGGCUACGAGGAGAGCCACGGCCAGCAGCCUUUCUUCAUCAAAACCAUUGUGCCUGGGACACCCGCUCACUUUGACGGACGCCUCAAGUGCGGUGAUGAGAUCGUGGCGGUGAACGGAGCCACAACAGUGGGAAUGAACAACUCCUCUCUCAUCCCGAUGCUGAAGCUGCAGAAGAAUAAAGUCACGCUGACGGUGGUGUCGUGGCCCGGGAGUCUUGUGUAAACUGAACGCACCUGCACAUUCACUCUCCGCUCUUUCUAUCACGCUCUUUGAUCAGCACACACAGAUCCUCACGCUGCUCAGCUGCAUUCCUGACUGGGUCACUCACUGUCCCUUCCACAUGUAACUCACCGCUCGGUUACAUCGUUCACUUGUUUGAUCACUUAUGUAAUACUGAACAUGUGACCUUCCUGAGCGUGGUCUCGGCUGGCGCCUGUUAAGUUUCAGUGUCCUCUCGUACUCUCUCACACAUGAUUGAACGACAUGGCUUUAAUCAGGGUGAAAAAAAUGAUGACAAUCAGUGAAUUAUAUCCUAAGGACAAACUGGAGGGAUGUUUUAUUUUUGGAACAUCUUUUCGAUAUUUUUUCUGAUUUUUUUUUUCCUGUCCUCAGUUGGUAAACAUGUCUUCACCCAAAGAUGAAACGUAGUGCUUAGUAUAUAUGUAGACAGUUGUGAUGAAGAACUAUAGAUGACUACAUAUAACACAAUGGCUGCUGAUCAUAUAGACUCAUGCCAAAGACAGAAAAAAAACUCCCUGUCCUGUAGCUUUUGUAACAGAUGUGUGAUUUUAUCAAUUUUAUUCACAUUUCACCUUAAAAAUCGUGCAUCAUGUUAAAGGGUAGCCUCUAUGUUUUUAAACCUGGAGCCUAUUUUCUUAUGUUUUGUGUUCACGUAACUUAUGGAGACACAUUUUGAAAAUGGGCCAGUACUGAGUGAGACCGCUGCAGCUGGCAAUGGCUGAACAGGCUGCAAUGUAACAUUCACUUUAUGUCCAAUUAAAGUGCUCGUGUUUGCCACCGAUAGGCUCAGAUUAUUAUUUCAAGUGUCUGACAACAAUGUUGAAAACAAAAAGAUUUAUUCCUGUAGAGAUCAUUUCCAUAAUGUUGUCAAACACUUAAAAUAGUCAUUGAGCUUUUCAAAAACGUAGAUGCUCAGAGUGUUUACAUUGCAGCCUGUUUGGCAGCUGCCAGCUAAAACACUCUCGCUCGAUACAAGACCAAUUUUAAAAAUGAUUGUCUUCAUUAGUCACUUCAGGCUCAGACACACCAAAGUGACGUCAAAGAAAACUAGUGGUGACGAAGCUGAUGGUUGCAUCACCUCAUGUCGCCAGUGUCUUGGCCAAAAAGUUGCACAUGAACAAUGUUCUGUGCCUGCAUGAGAAGAAAUAACUACCAGCAGACGGUGGUCGUCUGUAAUCAUCAGUGAAAAGGGAAAUAGAAGAUGCUAGUUUGCUACUCAGCUCAUUAACAACACUGUACGAUGUUGAAAGAGCAACGCUUAUUUACCGUGCAGUAGUGAACAAAAGCACAAACCGUCAAGGAACGUUUCUGCCUGAGAGUUCAAUGGCUAAAGGAAAACAGUCUUACCUUAUGUAACAUGUUUGCUUCAACCUCAGUUCCUCUCGACUUAAGUUGUUUUCUUUCCUCACUUUUGGUCCUCUUCUCGUGCGCUGAGCUGAAUCAGAGUGAUUUCAUUCACUGAGGGCUCUGCUGCUGAGAUUGAUUCAACACGCAAAGGCCGACGAGGGACAAAGUUGUGGGACACACUGCAGCGACUGGAGUGACAGAUGAUCACCAACGGCACAACGUUAACCGACGUACCACAGACUGCAAGGUGUGUCAGGACCUACAGAGAAACAUCAUGACAAAAACAAGGUUCAUAUUUACAAAAGUUACCCUCUAACGAUCAAAUCAACAAGAAGCGACUUUGGUUUUAACAGGAAAGUUGUUGAAAAGUCAAAGAAAAGCCGUGCGGUCAUUUUUGAUUGGACACUUUCAUUGCCGACACAGACAGAAAUGUUCACUUUAAAGGAGCUUAAAGAGUUUGAAAUACCUGAAGCCCAGUCCUAUCUGAGCCAUAAAAGUAAUCAGUAAAAUCUAAAUGUACGAUCCCUCCUAAACAUAAUAGCAAACCUGCACAGAACAUUUAAUCACAAUUGCAUAGGUCAGAAACAGCUUGGGUCCAGGUUUUUUUUUUUCUGUUUGCUCUAGAAAUUGAAAAUAUCUGCAGCAGGACAUAAACUUUUAUAUUGUUUAAAACUGUGAGCUGGUCUAUAGAAGCAAAUAACUUUGCGAUGAAUGUUUGGUCUUAAUCAAAAGUGUCGUUAAUCUAUAAAUAAAACAUUCAGCAGACAUUUCCAUGAACCAGUGCUCUGUAUUUAUUUUAAAAUGAUCUCACGCUGAAUGACCUUGAUGAGCAGGUGCCUUGUAGACAUUGAAGGACAAACCAGAAUGUAUAACGUUACUUGCCUUAAAUUUCCACUGAACGAAAAUGUGUUUUCCCCUCAUUAUUUACUUUUAUUAUAAACUGUUUAUAGGGAUUUCAAAUGAGAAUGACGAGAAUGACGAGAAUGACCAUUUUCAGAUAAACUUGUUACCUUGUUUUCUUUGAGUCAACACAUUCCCGGAGGCCUUUCUCGUGUCUUAAUUGAGACAAAACCUACUGAACAAUUUAGAAUAUCAUUUAAGAGUUUGUUUUUGAGUCUGUGAUAUAUACAGUAUAUAUACAGUAGAUAAUGUGUGUAUUAUAUCCCGUCCGCUGUUUUAUCAUGUUCAAUAAAAUCAUAACG